AUGCUGGAUUCAACACAAGUCCAUCUAUCUUUAACAUCGCCUGAACAUAGCAACGGGACAGUUCAAUCAGGAUAUUUAUCCCAUUUAAAAUAUGGUAUUCCUGUGAAGGAGUUUGUGAAAAGAGGCGACUAUGUUCACGCGAUGUUUGAGUCACUGGCCAGAAAAAUGAAUAGCGCCCAAAACACGAAUCCCGCCACUGGGUUCAAUGCCAGACUUCCAUUUGAUAUGAUGCACAAAAAGAAAGAUUGCACGAUCAAGAUUAACAACACAGAUGAAUUAUGCUGCGACCGGGCAAUUGUCACCAUGAAGGAAUAUGUGGAUGGUGAUCCUGACAAACAGUAUGAUAAUCUACGCAGAGGGAAACCGAUUCAAGAACGGUUAGCCAAACAGCUUCACCGAGACGAAGGGGUACCUGAAGGCCCUUGUGGCUAUGAGGAACUGGAAAAGUUUCAAACUUUUCUUGGAAGACAAGGCUACAAAAUAAUUGUGGUCGACUAUGUCUCAUGUGCAAGAAUCUUUCAAGGAAACGUGGAUAAUAACGUACGAUAA